AUGACUAAAGUACCGUCUGUUAUUCAUUGGUUUAGAUUAGAUUUACGAAUUCAUGAUAAUCUUGCGCUACGUAAUGCAAUAAACGAAGCUGAAAACCGUAAACACCUUUUAAGACCAGUAUACUUCUUGGAUCCUGAAAUUAAAAGUAAGAUAGGAAUUAAAAGAUUAAGAUUUUUGGUACAGAGCCUUCAAGAUCUUGACAAUAACUUGAAGAAAUUGAAUUCUCGCUUAUAUGUUAUCAGAGGACAUGCUGUGGAAGAGUUAUUUAAGUUACUUAACAAAUGGCAAGUUAAAUACUUGACUUGCCAAGUUGAUAUUGAUCCAAUCUAUGUGAAACAAGAUGAGGAACUUGAUAAGUUUGCUGAAAAGAAUGAUAUAUUUGUGGUCCGUAGAGUCCAACACACUGUCUAUGAUGUUCACAGUGUAUUGAAAAAGAACAAUGGUAAUGUCCCCAUGACGUAUCAAAAGUUCCUCUCAUUAGUGCAGGAUAUGCAAGUAAAGGAUUGUAUUGAAAUAACUAAACCAAUAUCUGAGCACUGUAACCCAAAAGAUUCUGAUUCUAAAAAGUAUGAUGUUCCAAGUUUUGAUGAACUUGAUAUUGAUGAAUCAGCUUUGGAACCAUUGAAAUAUCCAGGAGGUGAAACAGAAGGCUUAAAAAGAUUGAAUAUGUAUAUGGCUCGAAAACAAUGGGUGUGCAAGUUUGAAAAGCCAAAUUCAUCCCCAAACAGUUUAGAGCCAAGUACCACAGUAUUGAGUCCUUACAUCAGUCAUGGAUGUUUAUCAUCCAAACUGUUUUACCACAAACUAAAGGAAGCAUUAAGCGGUAUGCGUCACACAGAACCCCCUGUGUCCCUAAUGGGGCAAUUAAUGUGGAGAGAAUUCUACUACACCGCUGGAGCUGGUACUGAAAAUUUUGACAAGAUGGUUGGAAAUGCAGUAUGUACCCAAAUUCCUUGGGGUACAAAUGAGGAGCACUUGAAAGCAUGGGCAGAAGGCAAAACAGGAUACCCUUUUGUUGAUGCCAUAAUGCGUCAACUCAAACAAGAAGGAUGGAUAGAUCAUUUGGCUCGCCACAUGGUUGCUUGUUUCCUUACAAGAGGAGAUUUAUGGAUUUCUUGGGAAGAAGGAGCCAAAGUAUUUGAAGACUACUUACUAGACUAUGAUUGGUCAUUAAAUGCAGGUAAUUGGAUGUGGCUCUCAGCUUCUGCCUUCUUUUAUAAAUUCUUCAGAGUUUACAGUCCAGUAGCUUUUGGCAAGAAAACAGAUAAAGAAGGAAUUUACAUAAGGAAGUAUGUCCCUGAAUUAAAAAAAUAUCCCACUGCUUUCAUCUAUGAGCCUUGGAAAGCACCAAAAAGUGUUCAAAUGGCAGCUGGUUGCAUAAUUGGGCAGGAUUACCCUAAAAGAAUAGUUGAUCAUGAUAAAGUGCAUAAGGAUAACUGCCAAAAGAUGUCUGCUGCUUAUAAAUUAAAUAAAGAGAGAAAAGCUUUAAAAAGACCCUUGACAUAG